AUGCCUUUUGGCCUCAAAAACGCUGGAGCAACCUACCAACGUCUAGUGGACAAAGCCUUUGCAAGCCAAAUUGGUAAAAACAUGGAUGCAUAUGUCGACGACUUGGUGAUCAAAAGCAAGACGGAGUAUCAAAUGCUCGAUUACAUUCAAGAAACUUUCCAGAACCUCAGAAAGGUUAACAUGAAACUCAACCCUGAAAAAUGUUCAUUUGGGUUUGAGGAAGGGAAGUUCUUGGGUCAUAUUGUUGGGAAACAAAGCAUCAAGGCUAAUCCAAACAAGACAACCAACAACGAAGCUGAAUACGAAGCACUGAUAGCUGGUUUAAGACUGGCUAAAGAAAUGAAGGUCCAGAAACUUGAAGUGUUCACAGAUUCAUUGCUGGUGGUAUCAAGCCAGAUUCCGAGGUCUCAAAAUAAGAUGGCUGAUGCCCUCAGCAAAUUAGCUUCUCUUACCUUCGCUCACCUCACUAAAAAGGUGCUGGUGGAGGUGCUAAAAGCUCCGUCAAUUGAUGAGUUGGAAGUUCAAGACGUAGUCACUGAUGAAGAUCCAAAUUGGAUGACUCCAAUCAAGAAGUUCCUUAAAAAUGGUGAAUUGCCUAAUGACCAAAUAGAGGCUGAAAGGGUUAAGAUCAAGGCAAGGCAGUAUGUUCUACAAGGUGAAACCCUAUACAAAAAGGGUUACCUCGCACCCUUACUAAGAUGUGUUGGUCCCAAGUAA